UUGCCAAAGACAAAUGCUAGCGAUAACCUUCUGAGCUCUCAGAAAAAAAUAUAUUUUGGAAAGCCGCCAUGUAUUCCAAGCCAUUUGCACAGAGAAAUAAUAUGAGGAAACAUAUAGUUAUAAGCGAUUCCAGACGAAGAAGUUUGGUUUUAAGGCCGGCUACGUUGACUCAGGAAGUCCUAUGCCGGGCAAACCAACGUACACGACUCCUUCUUCAAGCAAGGAUGUCUCAUGGCUCGUUUCUCCGUAUGUCCUGCGUUAAAUCAAGUAACAGAAACAUGUUGUGCGAUCUGUGCAACGAGAAAGCAGUGACGAGAUGCCCAUAUUGUAAAACUGCUCAGUAUUGUGGCGCGGAACAUCGAAAGAGCGACUUUAAAUUACACAAGAAAAAAUGUAUGGGGUUGCCUUCAGUGGAAAAGGAACAACAGUUUAGGGAAAAUAGGUUAAAUGGGUACACCCCGAUGGACUUACUUCCAAACAGGUUUUUCGAGCGAGCGGAGUUUGUCGUGGAUACGUUGAGAAAACAAGGUUACUGCUAUCUAGACGAUUUUCAUGGUGAAGACAUUGCACUAAAAAUCCUCAGCGAAGUAAAGAACUUACAUCAGAGAGAGAAGUUUACAGACGGAGAAUUAGUAUCUUCAAAUGGGAAUGGUAGUAUGUUAAACAAGAAAAUACGGGACGAUAAGAUAGCUUGGAUAGAUGGUAAAGAGGAAAAUUGUCAAGCCAUUUCGCAUCAUAUGACAACAGUGAAUACUUUGAUAAGAUUCUGCAAUGGACUUAUUGAAGAAUACGACAUAGAACACAGGACAAAGCAGGCAAUGGUGGCAUGCUAUCCUGGUCAGGGUACAUGUUACAAAAGACAUGUAGACAACCCCAAUAAAGAUGGACGCUGUAUAACAACACUGUACUAUUUAAACCCAGGAUGGACAGAGGAGAAAGGAGGUAUGCUAAAUCUUUAUCCAGGAGGCAGUGAAGAGCCAGUGAAAAUUUUACCCAGACUAGACAGGUUACUCCUGUUUUGGUCAGAUCGCAGAAAUCCACAUGAAGUGGCACCCUCUCAUGACGUGAGAUACGCUAUCACACUAUGGUAUUUUGAUAAAAAUGAAAGAGCUAGGUUUAGAAAAAAACAAGAAGAGGAGGAAAGGAAAAAAGCAAUUUUUAGCGGACAGGAAAAUGGCAGCAACGAAGGAGGAGGCAAACAAGACCAGGAAAUUGCAGGAAGUAGUUGAGAUGUACAUGCUGUUAACUUGUGACAAGAAUUCUCAGUUGUAGUGAUUGAACUCUCCCAGUCUGGGUUAAAAAAAAAUACUUUGAAGACUGAUGCUUAGAAGAUUUCCUUUGUGUACUUUAUUAGCCAAACUUAAUAUGUAACUGAUAAAAUGAGAAAGAAAGUAAUGCUGUAAGCUUUGUUUACUGUUCAUCAAUAGGCUGUUGUAGGCAUUCAGGUAGGAAAACUGGGCCAAAAUAUAAAUGGCAUGAUAGCAGUGACAGAGCAAUACCGAGGAAGGGUUGGGUCAUUCACUAUGCUACUCAACCCUUGUUUUGUUUUUGUUUUCACUCCUUUUCUGCUCUUGUGCUGUUAACUCUUUAACUCCCAGUACAGUGAUUAACAUGAAACUUCUCUCAGUGAUAUCCAUACAUUAUUCAGCAAACAGGUAAUGAGAAUAUUCAAACCUAUCAGGAAGAAGCUGCUAUCUUGAUCUAGCACCAAGUUCUCAUUACUAAUUUACAAGGAAAUGUGUAGCAGCUAGAGGGGAGAAUUAACAAUCAGAUUUUGGGAGUUAAAGAGUUAACUAUCACACUUUGGUUUCCUAACUGAACAGUCUGCCUGGAACAGAGUUAGUGCUUUAAAAGAAUCUACCUCAAACAAUAAUGAAUCAGUUGUAUAAGUACUAGUAAUGUGUUAAGGUGGCUUUGAAAGGAGCUUUGAGAGGAAAGGUAAAUGCUUAACAUACAAAACAACAAGGGAAAAAUUAUAAUAUGUUGUUUUUGUGUUGAACAUGGAUAGCUUCUCAAUGUGAUGUUCUUUUUGCAUGUACUCCAUGUAAGAAGUCAAUUUCAGAGGCACCUUACAUUUUUUGAAAUGUGAUACUUCUAAAUUUUUACAUCUUGUGGCACAUUAGAAUGUUUGUUCCACUGUGUACAAAAUUCUGUGUAACAGUUUUAUAGAAAUGUGAUCGUAGAAUUAUCUUAACUUACUGUAACUAGCUUUAAAGAUUCUGUUUCAGUUUUUUUUGGAAUUCUUUUCUUAAUUGAGCCCUGAGGAAACUGCUUUUAUUUAUAUAACUUAAUCUUUUCAGAUGCAAAAUUAUGAAAUCCAACUUUUUCAUCUAAAAUGGCUCUUACUUAGUUUUGUAGCAUGAGAGGGAAUUGGCAUAACAUAUCAUUAACAUAUCAUUAACAUAUAUGACAUAUGUAAACUUCUUCACAAAAUAGAAACUGUUUAUGUGUUCAGAAAGCUAGCUGAAGUGAUUACAUUGUAAGUGAUGAGUCUGGCUCCCUGUUAGGAUACCUUUUUCACAUGAGGAAUCCAUUUUGUCAGCUUUGCUUAAAAUAAUUUCAGCAUUAAUUGACUGGUAAAAUCCUUAAAUCGUAUAAUAUUAUAUCAUACACAACCAGAUGGAUAUGCAAUUUAUUUGUUGCCAAUCUGCUGAACACACAAGACUGAUUCCUCUAUGUUUAAGAGGUGACCAAUCCCACCUACCAUUAAUUCAAAGCUUUUCAGUUGAUGGCAAAAGGUACAAAUAUAUAGCAUUACUAAUGGCUAUUUUACUGUGAGGCCCAAGAAAAAUAUCUUAACUUUAAAAAACAUACAGUCAUAUUCUUGGUUUAUAUAUAUAUAUCAGCAUGGUUAUCAUAAAUUGUUCUCACACUGUGAGGAUGAAAAAGUUGGAAUGGUAAAGGAAGUUUGACUGCAAGGUAGUGCUUGCCUAACAAAGAUUAAUGUUUAGAUUUAUAUCUGGGAUAGGUUAACAACAAUGCAUUUUAUGGUUUAGUUCCUAAAUGAGAAGAAAAACAGCAAUUUAAAAAGUCUUAAAUACUCAACACUUUAUUGUUGUUAAAUAUUUCCUAAUGUGCUUAAAGUAAGGAUGAAAAAUAUGUUGGUUUGAAUCAAAAGAGAGCUAAAUUUGCUGCUUUGGAAAUGUGAAUAUGUGCAUCCGUGUAUUGUUUGCAGAUUUGCCUGCUGUCUUAUCAAAAAAAUAAAAGUCACAUCAAGAAAUUAUUAAAUAAAUGUACAUUGAAACUAA